AUGCAGAGAGAUCCUCCCACGGACAUCGAUGUCCUUGUUGUUGGAGGCGGAAUCGGAGGGCUUGCCUUCGCGAUCGAGGCCUACCGCAAAGGCCAUACGGUACGAGUGAUUGAGCGAAACCCUCAAGGGCAGUAUUCUGGUGAAAUUAUCAUGGUGACAAGCCCGGCCUUGGUGACGCCACAGAAAUGGCCUGGAUUCAUGGAGCGAGCCAGAGCAAUCUCUGGACAACCGGACGUUACAAUGCGCAAGUUCGAUGGCACUUUUAUCAAGCGCGAAACUGUCGGUGACAUGGAAAAUCCGACGCUCAACAUUUAUCGGAAAUCGCUGCAUGGUCUUCUUACCUCUUACGCCCAGGAACAAGGCAUCUCAAUCACUUUUGGAGCAAAAGUAGUGGAGUUCAUCGAGAGCGACAAUGAGGCUGGUGUCGUUCUUGAAGGAGGCGACCGCUUGAUGGCUGACGUGGUCGUCGCAGCCGACGGAGUUGGGUCAAAGUCUCGCGACCUGAUGGAUGGGAAAAAAGCAGCACCCAUUAGCUCAGGCUUCGUCAUGUACCGCUGCACUUACCCAGCUGAGCUGCUCACGAAAAACCCCAUCACCGCAAAGGAAUUUGCUGGCAAGGAUGAGGAAGGUUUUUUGUACAUUGGCCCGGGUGCCCAUGUAGUACUUCAUCAGUUCAGAGGUGACUUUUGCUAUCUAUUGACAACCAAAGAUGAGCACAGCGAUGCAACGGAGAGCUGGUCAAAGAAAACAUCAACUCACAACGCUUUAACAGCCGUCGAAGGCUGGGACCCCUUGGUGGCUGAGCUCAUAAAGACCUCACCAAGAGACGAGUGCCUCGACUGGAAGCUGAUGUGGCGCGACCCGCAGCCGCAAUGGGCGUCGAGAGGAGGCCGCGUUAUCCAGCUGGGAGAUGCAGCUCACCCCUUUUUGCCGACCUCGUUUAGCGGCGGAACCAUGGCUAUGGAAGAUGGGUACUCACUGGCAGCUUGCCUAAGCCUUGCUGGCCGAGAGAACGUCCAGCUUGCCACCAAGGUUCAUAACAAGCUGAGAUUCGAACGCGUUUCCUGUGCCCAGAAAUUGGGUUUCAAGAACCGUGAAGUCUUCCACAAUACUGAUUGGAGCAGUCAGAAAGCAGCUCCGAAGAAAAGUGAAAAGAUGGUGGGAGACUGGCUGAUUUUUCAUGACCCAGAAAAGUACACUUAUGAUAACUACCACAAGGCUGCUGAGCACUUGCUUACUGGUGCUCCGUUUAAAAAUACCAACAUUCCACCAGGAUACAGAUACAAGCCGUGGACUGUGCGCGAGCUGUUGGCGGCUUCAGACCACGGUGAGGUGGUGGAGGACGAGGGUGUUUGGUUUUAG